AUGGAGGUCGAGUUUCCCGCGGCCGUGUCCGGCAACAUGACGGCUAUUCUCAAGCUCUUCGAUCCCCGACACCCCCCGACGUUUCCCAUGGGACAGAGAGGGCUUCUUCGACCCCAUGGACCCCAUGACCAAUUGGCAUGGGAAGAUUUUGUACGAAAGGACAAACUAAGGCCGUUCCUCGACGAAAUUACGGCAGUAGAGAAACAAGGCCUGUGGUCCGCAUGGUAUGAGCUAGGCGACGAAGAACCGCAAUCACACGAGGCAUUGGGUAGAUACGAAGCAGGCCUGUAUCGCACAACAUUGGAGGAGUUCGACAGCGAGACAAGGGCGUAUGGACGGUUCAGGGAUCUGCAAGGGAAAUGCAUUCCAAGGCUUUAUGCCCACGUUUUCAUCCAGGCGCAAACGGCUGAUCCAGCCCUGGCUGGACGACCCGAGUUCAGCAUCUUCGGUAUUUUCAUGGAAUCCAUCCGAGGCUUCAUCCUAGAAAAACUCCCAGAUCUUCCCGCCUCCGACGCUCCGCCCAAGGAGCUCUGGAAGACGAUUGUUCAAGAUGCUGUCUACGCAGCAAACGAGAUCAAUAAGCGAGGUGUGGUCAUGCUUGACUGUAGAGCUGGCAACGCCUUGGUAGAACACGACACGCAUCGUGUUGUGAUUCACGAUUUGCCCAGUGCCAAUUCCGCGACGAGGUAG